CUUCAGUCUCCCAUCCAGUGUUCCAUGAUAAUGUAACAUCCCCGCAGUCCAGAUUCACAGAUUAUGGCCAGGACAACCCCCUCUUGCAGUCGGGAGGCGACAGAGACGGAGACGGAGACGGAGACGACGUGGACGAGGAUCUCUCACGUCAACCCAUCCCAAUCCCCACCCCGCGUUCUGACCCGACUGUAUGUCUCCCACUUCCUCUCAACAUGGAACUCGCGCAUGUUCGAAUUCGGCGCCGUGCUGUUCCUCGCCUCCAUCUUUCCGGGCACCUUACUCUACGCCUCCGUCUACGCCCUGAUCCGCUCCCUCUCCGCUGUCCUCUUGUCCUCGUGGCUGGGUGGGGCGAUUGACCGGUCUGAUCGGUUGAGGGCUGUGAGGGGUUCGAUUCUAUGGCAGCGCAUCCCUGUUGCUGUGUCGUGUCUGUGCUUCGUGGCGUUGCUUACGAUGGAGCUGGAGAUCUCUACCUCGGCACCAACGACGCUCCGCUCUCUGCUUCUCUUUGCGGGGACCGUUGUCCUCGCUUGCGUUGAAAAACUUGCUGCCGUGGCGAAUACGGUUGCGGUUGGGAGGGAUUGGGUCAUCGUCAUCUCCGACGCACUGGCGAUCCCGAAACAAGACCUUAAUGCGUCCAUGCGGAGAAUCGAUCUCUCUUGCAAGCUCUUGGCCCCGGUCGUUAUCUCCCUCGUUGAUGGGUUCUCGACGCGCGUGGCUGUGUGGACUGUCUUCGGGGUGAAUGCCUUGUCUGUUGGCGUGGAGUAUGUGACCGUUAAGCAGGUGUAUCUCGCUGUUCCACAGCUGGAGCGUUGUGCGAGGAGGGGCGGGGUUGAUGAGACCCAGGAUGGGAACAAUGAGAGGAGAGAUACCAUGCAGGGUCUAGCAACGCGGGUAUCACGAUGCGUUCGAAAUACCGCAGCCCCAUGGCGCGAGUACCUCGCCAGCCCGGUCUUCCUGGCGUCUUUUGCGCUCAGUCUGCUCUACCUCACCGUGCUUUCCUUUGGCACCACCAUGGUCACCUACCUCCUCCACACGGGGUUCACGCCGCUGCAGGUCAGCGCGAUGAGAAUCGGCGCCGUCGCCGCAGAGCUGUCCGGGACAUGGGCCGCCCCGUACAUCAUGAGCAGGAUUGGCCCGAUCCGGUCGGGCCUGUGGUUCCUCAAUUGGCAGUUUGGAUGUCUGGCAUCCGCUGUAGCCGCCUUUGCUUAUUUCGAUGGCCAGUCGAAGGUCGUCGCUGUCAGUCUCAUCGUCGGGGUGGCUCUCAGUCGGAUAGGGCUUUGGGGGUUUGAUCUCUCGGUGCAGUUUCUGGUCCAAGAGGGUGUUGACGAACACGCCCGCGCGCGCUUCUCAUCCACCGAGAUGGCGCUGCAGAGUAUCUUCGAGCUCCUCUCGUUUGCGACUACCAUUGCUUUCCAUCUUCCCGAGCAGUUCAAGUAUCCGGUGUAUGUCAGCUACGGGGGCAUUGCAAUGGCUGCUGUCUGCUUUGCGACGUAUGUUCGUAAGGAACGCGGACAUUUGCUGCACAUGGAUAAGUGCUUUGGGGUGGAUAAGAAGCGGAUUCCGGAGAGGCAAGGGAUUCUUCAUGGUGCGUGAUAAGAUAUAGAUAGGAUACAGGGAUAUAUAGGAUACUGUUACAAUGCGAUAUAGAAAAGAGUGGAG